UCAUUGUCGUAGACAGUAAAGUUAGUUAAAAUACCAUUUCAGAGCUAAUUAGUUGCUAAUUUUUGUUAAGUUUUUAGUGCUUUGUUCAAGUUCCGGUGGAGUUCUAGUAAUAUUGGAUCUUUCGAAUUUUAAUGAAAUUGGGUCGCGCUCUAACAAGAAAAAAGGUUCGAAAAAUAUAGCAAAAUCAUAUAAAAAAUAUAUACAGAAUGCAGAACGCGUGCAAAUAAUUGGCCCGUGUAGAAAUGGAUAAAUAUUGAUUCAGUUCAUAUAAAUAUCAAAAAAGAUACCAGCAGGGGUCCUCCAAAGAAUAGAGCAAAAGAUUCUCCUAUUACAUCAAUAAAUGAGUCUAGUUGGAAGAACAAGCUCUAAGAUGGGAAAAGAUAAAGUGAAAUCUCCUCAUGUACUCCUCUUCCCCUUACCAUUACAGGGUCCUGUAAAUUGUAUGCUCAAACUAGCUGAGCUUCUGGCUCUCAAUGGACUCCAAUGCACCUUCCUCAACACAGACUACAUCCAGAACUGCCUGCUCAAGCACACCCAUGUUCAGUCCAGGUUCGACAAUUAUCCUGAAUUUCGCUUUGAAGCCAUUCCAGAUGGCCUUCCUGAAGACCAUCCGCGUACGGGUGACAAGUUUCUGGAUGUUGCCAAUGGUAUACAGGAAGUAAUGAAGCCGAUCUUCGUAGAGAUGUUGACCAGUGGGAAGCUCAGUUCCAAGUCCAGCAGUCCAGUGAGUUUCGUAAUUGCAGAUGGAUUCUACAGUUUUGCUGUUGAUCUAGCUAAAGAGAUUGGGAUUCCACUGAUGUAUUUUGAGACUAUCAGCCCUUGUGCUCUGUGGACCUUUUUCUGUCUCCCAAGGCUCAUUGAGUUGGGAGAAGUUCCUUUCAAAGAAGAGGAUUACGAUAGAAAGGUAUCUGGUGUGCCGGGAACAAAGAAUUUUCUCAGGGGGCGUGAUCUUCCUAGCUUUUUUCGGAUCAGCGAUCUAAACCAUCCUAUCAUUCAAUUUAUUCUGAAAGAAAUUCAAGAAAUCCCGCGGUCUCAAGGGUUGCUACUCAACACUUCUGAAAACAUCGACGGACCAAUUAUAUCUCAAAUAAGCACCCUCUGUCCGAACAUUUAUAACAUAGGCCCUCUCCAUUCACUCCACAAGUCUAUUCUCCUUUCAGCACAAAAAGCCUCCUCACAUACCAGUUCCUCAAAUAGCCUAUGGGAAGAUGACAAAAGCUGCAUGACCUGGCUAGAUGCUCAACCGCAAAAAUCUGUUAUUUAUGUCAGCAUUGGAAGUAUUGCAGUCAUGACAGUGGACCAGCUAAUGGAGUUGUGGCAUGGUAUAGUGAAUAGUGGGAAACGAUUUUUAUGGGCUCUACGGCCAGGAUCAAUUGCUGGAAAGGACAGUAAAUAUGCAAUUCCAGCAGAACUAUCUGAUGCUACAAAAGAAAGGGGUUGCAUUGUAAGUUGGGUUUUCCAAGAGGAAGUUUUAGCACACCCUGCUAUUGGAUUAUUUUUGACUCACAGUGGCUGGAACUCAACUCUGGAGAGUCUAGUCGAGGGAGUGCCAAUGAUAUGCUGGCCAUAUAUCGUCGACCAGCAAGUGAUUAGUAGGUUUGUACAAGAAGUCUGGAAAGUUGGAAUUGAUAUGAAAGACAAUUGUGAUAGAAUUCUGAUCGAAAAGACAGUGAGGGAAAUUAUGGAGGACAGGAAAGAUGAAUUUGAGAAAUCUUCUUCUGUGAUGGCCAAACUUGCUGGCCAGAGUGUUGCUGAUCAGGGUGGAUCAUCUCAUCAUAACUUCAAUCGUUUGCUUAAAGACAUAAGAGCUAUGAGUGUCAACACCUAACACGCGGCGUUUGCUUAAAUCUAUUGUAAUACAGCUUUAAGGAAUUUAAAUAAAUUUACAAUCGUUUGCAAGAAUAUUGUCAGUUGUCACUUUCGUAAUAUUAAUAAAAUUUCAGAAAUGGACGUGUUGUAAUAUUAA